AUGAAGAAGCGAAGCAGUGGAAUCAAUGAGGCCAGUCUCGUGCCCUACCACUCCUCGUUGGAACCAGCCGUUCCUUACUGGCCGCUUCCACCAGGAAACGAGGCAAGCUCCAAACUUGCUGAUUUGAAGCUGUUUCCUUCAGAUUCGUUUAGAAGUUCUGGAGUAGAGUUGGCAAUCUGCUGCUAUGACACACAGGAACUAAUUUUCCUUGAUGAUCUCUUGUCUGCGUUGGUUGGAGUUGAAGGGAGGUAUAUUUCAAUUAAAAGAUUCCCUGGGAAGGACGAUAGUAUAGCUCUCCAAGUUGAUCCAUCAAUGGAUUUGGCAUUACAGGCAAGUGGUACUCAACACAGUUCAUCGUCGUUCUUAUCCCUUGGGAAAUAUCCAUAUGUGCUUACUUCCCAAGAAAAAUCAAGAGAAGUACUGCCCUAUAUCAUGUUGUAUUUAUAUAUGUGCUUACUUCCCUAGAAACCCAUUGAUAUAUGAUGUCAAGAUGAAUGCCCCAACUUGUUGUUUCUUGGUGUUCAAUAAAACCAAA